AUGUCUAAACGGGAAAUCGCUAACGAACUUCAUAAACCAGCAAGGAAAAAUUUCACUAGGCGUCGAGUUAACGUCUAUGGAAAAAAUGAUUUAUGGCAAGCUGACUUGGUUGAAAUGAUACCAUAUUCAAAAGUAAAUGGUGGUUACAAAUACAUCCUGGUUGUAAUUGACUGUUUUACGAAAUUUUCUUGGGCGAAACCGUUAAAGUCUAAGACAGGUAAAGAAGUUACUAGCGCGAUGGCUACAAUAUUAGUCGAACGUUCACCAAAACUUUUACAACUCGAUAACGGAAAAGAAUUUUACAACACCACUUUUGACGCUUUGAUGAGCAAGUAUGGCAUACACAAAUAUUCAACUUUCAGUAUUCUAAAGGCUAGCAUCGCAGAAAGGAUGAAUCGUACUUUGAAAGGGAGAAUGUAUAAGGAGUUUACUGCACGUGGCUCUCACGAAUGGGUUUCAAUUCUACCAAAGUUGCUCGACGAAUACAAUAAUUCACCACACAGGACUAUAGGAAUGACACCAAUACAAGCAGAUUCCGACCCCGCCUCAGUGGUAAUAAAACAGCGUAAAAUUAAUAAUGAAAAAAUUAAAUUCAAAGUCGGUGAUAAAGUUCGUAUAAGCACACAGAAAGGCGUAUUUACAAAAGGUUAUUUACCAAACUGGUCUACGGAAAUAUUCGAGAUUAUCAAAAUAAAUAAAACAUUGCCCGCUACUUAUCAGUUGCAAGAUUAUAUGAGUAACCCUAUUGCCGGUUGUUUUUAUUCUUCGGAAAUAAGCAAGACCGAUUUCCCAAACGAAUAUUUAAUCGAGAAAAUUAUUCGCAAAAAGGGCGAUCAAAUGUACGUCAAGUGGCUAGGAUUCGAUAAUAUACAUAAUAGUUGGAUAAAUACACGUGAUGUUAAAAAAUAUUAUAUUCAGUCAAGUAACAAAACGAUACUAAAUGAUACGAAACUCCAACAGAAAGAAAUUGAUACUUUGAAAAGUAAUAUUGUUAAUCUACAUGAUAAGAUACAAUUGUUGGAAAAUAAUAUACAAACAAGUAAUAAGUCUUUAUUAAAUUGCGAAAAUCGUAUGUCGGAGCUAUUUAAUAACUGUGCUGAAACUAGUACAGCAAUCGCUAUCCAGGGGCUUGACGUGGCUCAAUUAAAAGCUGAAGUAAAUCGUAUAACUGGAAUAUUUGAUGAAAAUUCAUUACCGAAUCAUGGAACAUAUAUUUCAGAUUUAAACUCACGUUUAGAGAUCAUUGAAGGCAAAAAAAUUAAGAAAACUUAA